CACCCUGCUUCACCCCGUGGCACAAGAGACCUGCAGGGGACAACCCACGGUGACCCCAAAGAUGUGCCACCCAGUUCCCCUGCCUCUCUGCCUGCCGAGCCCUGGCAGGAGGGAGGUCGGUGGCAGGUAGGUGGAUGUUACGAACAAACUGGGCUGUGCUGGGGGGUUCCCCCCCCGCCACCAGCCGAAAAUACGGAUUCAAAUUCCCUUGCCCAGCUGCUGGCCAUCACAGAGCUCAUCGAAACCCUCAUGUCCUGGAGAGCUGGUCCCUCUGCCAGGUGGGGCUGCCUGAUGGCCGGGGGGAUGCCGGGAGCCAUGGGGAUGCCGGGAGCUAUGGCUGCGGGCUGGGGGGCUCUUUCCCUGCCCCAGAGAGCCCGGAGGGGCUUCUUUGGGCAGGAGGGGGUGCAAGAACACGGAGGAGCUGGAGGAUGCUGUGAGGACCUGGAAACUCGCGUGGCCAGGGUGGGAGUUUGGGGGUGUGGAGGGCUGGGAGGGUGCAUGCCCGUUGGCGCUCUCUCCCCUGAGCUUCCUGCCUUUCUCAGCUGCUAACUUUUUUUAUUUAUUUUUUUUAAACUUACGGAAACUUAAAAGCUUUGUGCUGUCUGUCUCGCUGCCGAGUCCGGUGGAAAAUAUCAGAGUGCGAGAGGCAAACAGGCACACGCAGCCCCAUUUCCUUAGGAAAUCAGGCUGCAAAAUAAACCGCUGCGCGCUCGUGGGUCGGGGAUUUUGGGGGGGGGUGUGCACGCCGAGGGGGGAGCUGGUGCAAUAGCCCUGAGCUCAGCUCAGCCCAGCUUUACGCUGGUCCUGGGAGGCUCCGGUGGGUGCACGACAUCCCCCGGCGCACGUGGGGCUCCGACACCCCCAUAGCUGGGGAAGACCCCAGCCUCAGCGAGGGGCUUCGGUGCUGAGGACCCCACAGAGCUGUGCUGGUGGGGGAUGGCUGGGGAGGGUGAGCAAAGCCUCCGAUGGAGGGGGGGGAGCACAGGGAAAGCCCCCAGGAAGGAGAAGCCGUGCUGGCCGACGGGGAUUUUUGCUUCUGAGCCGUCAUAUGAUGUGUCUGUUCAACAGGAAUGGGGAACUGGGAACUGGGAACCGGGGAGGGACAGGAGCGGAGGACAUCCACCCGGCGAGGGGGGCAGCCCGGAGGGGGGCCAAAGGGGACGGAGAAGGGGCCGUGGCGGGACGGGGUCCCCCGGCUGGGCUGCCCACCGGGGGUGGUGAAGGGCAGCAGAGCCAACGCCGAGAGCCGCCAUGCUCCUGGGCAGGAGGACAUGGCCGGGACGAGGGACGGCGGGGAGCGGACCCCCUUGCUGGGGGGGACACCCCUCAAGGGGCGCGGGGCGGCGUGCGCGGCCGUGCUGGCGGUGGAAGGUCUGGAGCGGGCGGCUUUCUUCGGCAUCACGGCCAACCUGGUGCUCUACCUCACCAGCGGCACCUUCGGCUGGGGGGGCACCCAGGCAUCCCGCGCCUGCCUGCUCUUUCUGGGGGCUUCCUACCUGCUCUCGCCCGUCGGCGGCUGGCUGGCCGACGUCUACCUCGGCCGCUACGGCACCGUGGUCCUCAGCUUCUUGCUGUACCUGCUAGCCGCGUGCCUGCUGCCCGUCACCGUGUCGCCGGACGGGCGCCUUUCGGCGUGCGGGCAGCUGCCCGCCGCCACCGUCCGAAACUGCUCUUGGCACCGCGGUGGGACGUGCCGGGGGCAGCCCUCCGAGCAGUAUUGUGCCCCCACCAUCUACAGCGGCCUCCUGCUCUUGGCGCUGGGCGUCAGCUCCGUCAGAGCCAACCUCACCCCCUUCGGUGCCGACCAGGUGAGGGACCAGGGUGGUGAUGCCACGCGACGCUUCUUCAACUGGUUCUACUGGAGCAUCAACAUCGGGACCGUCUUCUCCCUGCUGGUGGUGGCCUUUGUUCAGCAGAACAUCAGCUUUCUGGCCGGCUACCUCAUCCCUGUCGCCUGUCUUGCCUUGGCCCUCCUCAUCUUCCUCCUGGCCACCCCUACCUUCGUCACCAAGCCCCCCACGGGCAGCCAGGUCUCUGCCAUGAUCAAGCUGGCCCUGCAGAUUUGCGGCUGCACCCGGCUGGGGGGCACCGGGGCCAGGCUGAGCACUCGCCGGUGGGAGGCUGGGGACCCUCUCCCCAACAGCGGAGCCCAACCUGGAGCCCCUUCGCCUGAGGAAGACCUUGCCAACUUCCAGGUGCUGGCCCGGAUCCUGCCCGCGAUGCUGACCUUCAUCCCUUACUGGAUGGUCUACUUCCAGAUGCAGUCGACGUAUUACCUGCAGGGUUUGCACCUCCGCAUCCCCAGCAUCUUCCGACACGGCCAGGACCGUGCCAGCACCCUCCAGGGCUAUACGUUCCCGGGUGCUUGGCUGCUCCUGGCCAACGUGGUGGUCUUGCUGGCCUUGGUGCCCCUGAAGGACCACGUCAUCGACCCCUUCCUAGCCAAGCGGAGGCUGCUGCCCUCGGCUCUCAAGCAGAUGGCCCUGGGCAUGUUCUUCGGCCUCGCCUCCGUCCUCACGGCAGGCAUCCUGGAGCGAGAGCGGCUGCAGUACGUGCGCCGCAACCAGACGGUGCUGCAGCUCGUCGGCAAGGACCGCUACCUGGCUGCCACGCUGCCCAUCUGGUGGCAGGUCCCCCAGUAGCUGCUCAUCGGCAUCAGCGAGCUCUUUGCCAGCAUCCCCGGCCUGGAGUUUGCCUACGCCGAGGCCCCCGAGUCCAUGAAAGGAGCCAUCAUGGGUCUCUUCUUCUUCAUCUCCGGGGUGGGCUCGCUGCUGGGGUGGGGGCUGCUGACCCUCCUCUCACUGCCCACCCACGGGUGGACGCGCUGCCCGGAGGACUACGGGAGCAUCAGCAGCUGCCGCAUGGAUAACUACUUCUUCCUGCUGGCGGGGAUCCAGGCGGUCGCCUGCCUGCUUUUCACCUGGAUCUCCAGGUGCUACCAGAGCCGGCCGCUGCGGACGAGUGCCCCCCACGUCUGCACGGGGCCGGAGGAUGACUCGUAUGGUGCCACGGAGGGGUGAUGGAGCAUCACCCCCCUCCCCUGGGGCCAGGGAUGCUGGUCCCAGUACCAGCAGGGCAGGGGUGGGGACAGGACCCCCGGCAGCCAGAGCGAUCACCCCAUCUCUGCGGUUUCGGGGGAGCUACGGGGAUGGCUCGAGCCCCGGUGGGGGGCAGAGGGAAGGGGAAGGUUGGGUGGGUGCCAGCCCAGCAUGGGGAGCCUGUAGGGAGCAGGGUGAUGAGGGGGGUGUCUCCUGCUAUCACCCAGGGCGAUUUGGGGGUGUCUCAGGGAUCACCGGGACAGACUGGGGGGCUAGGAAGGGACUGGAGGGGUGGAAAUCCUCAUGGCAUCCCUGAAUAAAGCGACCU